GACAAGAUUGAUGUUACUUACACAUAUUUUUAGUUAUUAAAAUUCAUUUUUAUUUUUACGCUCAUUUAAUAUGUUCAUCAAAAUUGGCUACUUUUGCGAUUUUCUCCAGAAGUAAGAUCACUUAAUUUUCAGAUAAAGAAUUUAAAUACUUUUGUGAUUGAGUGUACAAUAUGUCGGAGAUGAAUAGCCUAGCAAAAAGAUGCGAGUCACUUAUUAUGAUACAAUGGCAGGUCAAAUGAUUCAUACGAAAAUCAGCCUUAUUGCUACGAGAUAAGGGUGCUGUGUUACCCCUCAUGCCAGUCAGUCCUGCGCGAUUUCUUCCAAUACAAUUUAAAGCUAAUCUGUGAUAACAUUAAGUCAUUAAUUGCUUAAACUGCGUUUGAGAAACAGAUUGCCAGUUUUUAUCCGCAUAACGUGUUUAAAGCUGAAGAUUUAUGGAGUAGGAAGUACAGUAAUACUGCUACUUGCAUUCUUGUUCCUCAGUUGAGUGCAUUGAGCCACACGCGACGGACUGUUUACCAUAUCCAUCGUAAAAUCAAAAUCUCGCCCAAAAACGGAGUUCCGAAUACUUUUUGUAGGUAUACGACACCUUGAAACUAGUCUAUGGAAAUAUCACAAAUGCACUCAGUGACCGCCUAUGUUAUAAGGAAUCCGAAUAUGAGGCGAAAGAGAUGCCGUCGCGUACCCGGGCCAGGUGCCUCAUGCUUCUCUUGAGGCAAAUGAGAUCUGUCAAGUUCUUCUUCUUAGUCAGUUGCACAAGCUUUGCCGUUUCACUGUUUUGGGUACAGCUUGCUGUUCGGCAAGAGCAACCCGAUUUAACUGCGACUCUUGUUCAAGAAGCCCUAGAAAAUGUUGGGAGGGACAGCAGGUAUAAGGAUGUAUAUCGGAAAACGAACAAGCUCCCUAAAGACUUCAAAUACAUAUUAUUAUGGAAUUCUCAAAAAAUGGCACCUAUGUACUACCUCGGCAACGGACAAAAAGCGUUCCUUGACAACAAUUGCUCAGUAGUCGACUGCUAUGUUACCGAGGACAGAAACUUUUUCGGUAAUGAUAUAACUAAAUUCGAUGCCAUAGGUUUCAAUGGACGAAAUCUCGAUCCCUUCGAUUUACCAACCGAACGUUCUCAACAUCAAAAGUAUAUAUUUUUUAACAUGGAAUCGGCAGAUAAUUAUCCAAUUUGUGACGAGCAGUUCGACGGAUUCUUCAAUUGGACGGCUACCUAUAGACUAGAUUCAGAUGUUCCAAUCCCGUACUUACUAAUAAGGGAUAGGGCGGGUAAAGUGGUGGGGCCUAAGUUGAAUAUGAAAUGGAAGGAGGACAUGCCAGAAGUAGGGGAUGAGUUUGCAUACAGGAUUGAAAAUAAAACUAAAGCAGCAGCUUGGUUCGUGUCUCAUUGUAAGACGAGAAACGGUCGACUAGGGUUUGCGGGGGCAUUGAAAUCUGCUCUACUUCCUUAUGGCUACACAGUCGACGUGUAUGGGUUGUGUGGUUCGCUGCAAUGUCCCAGAAACAAACAGUCCGAUUGUGACUUCUUGUUGAAGAGGGACUACUUCUUUUAUUUGGCGCUAGAGAACUCUUUCGAUCGAGACUACGUGACGGAAAAGUUACUGACGGCCUUGCAGCAUGACGUUGUCCCCAUACUUUAUGGUGGAGCUGAUUAUUCAAGGUUUCUACCACCAGGAUCCUAUAUCGACGGGCGGAAGCAGAGCGUGACUAGACUAGCUGCCAUCAUGGACAGGCUGAUGCAUUCUCCAAAAAGGUACAGCCAAUACUUCAGGUGGAAACCUUACUACACGUACCACGACCCAUCUAAAGUCGAAAAUGUCUGCUCAGUCUGCGAAGCUUUGCACAACAAGAAAAAGGUUCAGGAGACCACCAUCUACGAGAGCUUUAGGGAUUGGUGGUACUCAGACUACGAGGCGAGGUGCGAUGAUUGAUGGAUUGAUCACACCUGCUGUUGAUUACAUGCAUCCGAACAUAUCGUUUAACAUCUUAACACAUCAUGUGAACUUAUUAUAUUUAUUUAUUCCUAAAAUUCAAGUUGUAGCCGUUAGUAUUGUCGAAACCGUGCUAUUAUUAUAAAACUGAAUUACUCUGCUUGACUGAAAUGAUCUCGCUUUACUGCUUCGCGGGAAAAGUUUUUGAUAUAUAUCUAUGCUGCAUUUUUCACUGAUCUUCCUUAGCGUCAAUUCUCUUAACAUCCUAUUUUUAUUAGCGCGCAACUUUUAUACUAAUGCAUUUCUUACCAUUACCAGUGAUUGAUAAAAAAAUACCGUUUAUUAUGAAAUUUGUGGGGUAUACGUACGAAACUGCAGACUUUGUUUGCGAAUAUUCUCAUGAGAACAUUGACAUCAUCAAAAUUCAAAACCAGAUUUCGGAAAUCAGUAAUAAAGACUUCAUUGAUCAGCGUUAGGUUGUGUACUGGAAUGCACUGCGAAUAAAGGGUGGUGGCGGCGUUCUGGUGGCAAUCUUAAAAUCACGAGCUAAAUAUAACAAAAUAGACUUUCUUCUUAUAUUUUGACCUGCUCUCAAAGAGUAGUAAUCAAUGGAUACAGUUCAAGGGUCAUCGAGGUUACAUCAGGCGUCCCACAAGGCUCUAUUCUUGGGCCAUUAUUAUUUAACAUUUUUGUAAACAAUAUCUGUCACUGUUUUCAUCAUACAAAGUUUCUAAUAUACGCCGACGAUAUAAAGGUCUACAAAUCCUUUAGUAAUCUUUUUUGCUUUUCAAAGAAUCUUUAUCUCAACUGAAACCAGUACCGACCUCGGUGUUAUAUUCAACACCAAAUUAUACCUAGAUAUACACAUUAACAAAAUAUUCAGAAGAGUUUUUUAACUUUUCGGAUUUGUCAUGCGGUCCACUCUUGACUUCAAAAAAAACACAUUCAGGUUUAUGUUUAUACAAAGCCCUCGUUCGUUCACAACUGGAGUAUGCAGUUUCAGUAUGGACUCCAUUCUACAUAAAAUAUGCUGAGAUGGUAAAGCAUGAUACGUACAGAUUUUUGCGUGCUAUGCAUUAUGGAUGUCAUAAAGCAUACCUACCGUAUGCCGUUUUUAUCAGUAGGUCAAUAUAACUUGAAGCAACUGUUCUGUAUAAUAUGAUCUGCUAUGCCGUACCUUCGUUCCGUUAUUUAAAGGCGAAAUGUACGCGCAUGCACUCUUUUUGCACUGAACACCUGUCGAACUAACUCAGGCCUAAGUUUUCGUUUUACGUCUACUUUAACUCCGCAUGGUUAACACUCAUAACGUCACCUUUGUAAACAUAGAUAUUUUUAAUUGUAGCAAAAUUCAAAAGCCUCCUUCACCGUUGCCUACUAACUUGAUACGCAAACGACUUUAUGACAGUAAUUUUAAUAUUGGCAUUGUGUUUUUAUAGAUAUAUAUUAUGCUUAAAGUCAUAUUUAUAAAUAUGGCAAUAAAUUUUAAUACUCUCGUUAUCUGUUAUAGUAUUUGUACUGCUGUUAAUUAAUGAUCCUAGCGAUUAGCAUUCUUCUUUUCUAAAUUUCUAUGUUUACUUGCGGACAGGGUUGUGGGUUGCAUUAUGACUACAGCCAGUCAUUGUUAUAUUAGUUAUAAGUUUUAUGUAGUAACUAUUUGCUGUUCCUUAAGAAUAAAAUGACAUUGAACGACUGUCUAUCUGAACGCCGCAGACAAAGUCAGGGGUGGUGUAGUCCGUCGUGGUACUUAAGAUAUUUUUAAACUUUCAUUUAAAGCAAUAGAAAGUACAAAUCAAAUUCGCCUUUAAUUUUGAAGCUUGAAAUUGAUCUAAUAAAUAUGCUUUAACUAACGCAUAUCGAAUAAAUCACAGGCCAAUUUUAGUCUUCAUAAGUAAGUCAGUAUUAAAAUUGUGAUUUUUAGUAACAGUUAUAAGGAAAAUCAUAGAUAUAGACUGGCUUUUAAAUAAAGUGGGUCAUUUUACUGAUUGAAUUUAUCUUGUGUUUUCCAGAAUGUUUACGAUAUAUUUAAUAGUUGUAACAGUUUUAGGCUAGGGUUAGUUUGUUUAGUAGUUAGGUUAGUUUUAGGUCUUCGAGCAAAAAUCAUAAUUUGGUUUUAUUCCUUGCAACGAAAUUUGAAUGUUAAAAAAGCUAUGGGUUCCGUACAAAUAGGCUAGGGAUAAAUCGGUCGGAUGACUAAAAUUUUUAUUAGUAUUGGUUGUUACAGUGUAUAUGCAUAUGUGAAUGUGAAUUUCAACUGCAUAGCUAUCAAGGUUCAUGAGAUACAGCCUGAUGGCGGACGAACGGACAGACAACGGACCCAAAAUAAUAGGGUUCCGUUUUUACCCUGUAUGUACGGAAUCCUAAAUAUGAUUAAGUGAACUCAUGAUAUCUGUUUGCGUUUAAUUGAAACGCUAUUUGUAAGAAAAAUGGAUUUUUGAAUGAAUUAUUGUUAGACCGUUUUGUUUUGUAAAUAGUGUUGUGUUUGAAGUAGUAUUUAUUUAGCAUAUGUACAUAUAUAGAUAGUAAGACAUCAAAAUAUGAGUACAGUCCAUGAAAUCUAAAAAAUAGAAAUAAACAACAUGUUAUUUCAAAUUCUUGGAUACAAGUCGGAUAAAAUUAAAUUUCUUCGUAAUUUAAUCGUUUUACCAAAGAAACCUCUUUGGUUUUCUUAAUUGCGUGUUAUCUUAAAAAGUAUAAAACGUAGACAUUAGGCAUUUAAUGGGUCUUUAAAAUUACGACAUUUGUUUAAAAUUGCUCAAUAACAAGUUUCGAUUCUUAAUGAACUCUGUUCGAAUAUUAAGGAUAAUUUUAAAUUAUUUUUUCCAUUUCAGUCUCUUUCAAUUUAACGUCUUGUUCGUCAAUUGAUACAUAUCUGCUACUUUUAGACAUUAUAGAAAUACAAAAAAUAGUUUUAGAAAAUGACUCAAUAGCGGAUUAAGUGUUUACACUGUGAACAAUAGUAUCAUUAAUUAUAGCUCCAUGUAUCAUAUCAGAUUUUAGGGAAAAAACAUUAAAAAAAAAAGAGUUUGUGUAUAAUAAAACUUCGGUAUACUUCAGCAAGAUUUUUUAUUGCUGAUCAAGAUAUUCAAUUUAAGAUAAAAAAUAUUGUUGUUCUUUGUUGUAUAACAUGUACUUAAAUGUGUUCUUAGACGGUCUCCGUUUGAUUUGAAAUUUAUCGGAUAUUUGACUCCGAAACUAGUCGGAUAUUUGACUCCGAAACUAGUCGGAUAUUUGAUUCUGAAACUAGUCGGACGCUUGAUUCCGAAUCUAGUAGGGAAGAGUUAAAUUUUGCUCAUAAAAACAAGUUAUUUGAAUAAAAGCAAGAUUGAUUUUAAGAAAAUAGCCAAUCCUUCCAUAAUUCUAUUGGUUAACGAUAUUUCUUCAUAUUAGUUUUGAACCAUUCUUCCAAUUAAUUAUUAAGACGAAAUGGCUUCCGUAAUUUAAGGAGUUUCGAAGAGUAGCAUUUUAAAAUGAAAUGUUCAUGUAAGAUAAUAAUUACUAGUAUUAUUUAACAAUAAAUACUUAGGUAUAAGAAUGGUCUGUUGAUGAGAUGUAGUUUGGUACUUUGUAUUGUAUUUUUUAAUCUGUAUAGUUCUCUGUACUUAAGUCAAAAACAAAUGUAAAUUAUUAUUCAAGAAUGCAAACCAAAGUAUAUGUUAUUUUUACUCCCAGAAAUAAAUAUGAAUUAAGCAGUUAUCAAAUGUGUGUCGGAGGAAGCUAUGAGCCGGGUUGAUUGUUGUUUGAUAAAAUUAUUUGUUAACAAUUUAAUUGUUUCAAAAUGGCUAUUAAAUUUAAUAUUUGUUACAAAUGUUAAAAUCUAAGUUUUAUUCUUUCACUCACUCACUUUUAUUGUUUGUCGUUCCGGUUGGAUUUUUGUAACAAUUUUUUGAGGCACUUGCUUAUCCGGAUAAGCAAGCAAGAUGAAAUCUUCAGGGUAGCUUCAAAUCCGGUGAUAAUGAAUUUUGCAACUAAAAAACUGCCGAAUCGAUUUAGAUAAAAUUGGAACGGAA